GAUUCACCAACCUGGUGGUUCAACGGACGAGGCUCACCGUCAUGGAUACCCUGUUGGAAGCAAAUGGCACCUUUGCCUUAAACCUUUUGAAAAAGCUGGGUGAAGACAACUUGAAAAAUGUAUUUUUCUCGCCCAUGAGCAUCUCCUCUGCCCUGGCCAUGGUCUUCAUGGGGGCAAAGGGAAACACUGCAGCCCAGAUGUCCCAGGCGCUUUCUUUAAGUAAGAGCGGCAGCGGAGGUGGAGAUGUCCACCAGGGUUUCCAGUCGCUUCUCAGCGAGGUUAACAGGACUGACACGCAAUACUUGCUUAGAACCGCCAACCGGCUGUUUGGAGAAAAGUCUUAUGAUUUCCUCUCGUCUUUCAGAGAUGCCUGCCACAAAUUCUACCAGGCAGAGAUGGAAGACCUUGACUUUGUCAGCGCUGCAGAGGAGUCCAGACAACACAUCAACAGCUGGGUAGCCAAAAAGACAGAAGGUAAAAUUACAGAGUUACUGUCUCCAAAUUCAGUUAAUCCAUUGACUAAUCUGAUUCUCGUGAAUGCCAUCUACUUCAAAGGAAACUGGGAUAAUCAGUUUGACAAACAGCAGACCAAGGAAAGACCAUUUAAAGUCAGCAAGAAUGAGGAGAAACCUGUGCAAAUGAUGUUUAAGAAAUCUACCUUGAAAAUGACCUACAUAGGAGAAAUAUUCACCAAAGUUCUGAUGCUUCCCUAUGUCGGCAAAGAGCUGAAUAUGAUCAUCAUGCUUCCGGAUGAAAACACUGAUUUGAAAAUGGUGGAAAAAGAACUUACUUAUGAGAAAUUCAUAGAAUGGACGAGGCCAGACAUGAUGGAUGAAGAAGAGGUGGAAGUGUUCCUCCCUAGAUUUAAACUGGAGGAGAAUUACGACAUGGAGGAUGUCCUUCGAAGUCUGGGCAUGACUGAUGCCUUCGAGCAGACCAAGGCAGACUUUUCUGGAAUGUCAUCCAGGAGAGACCUGUAUCUGUCCAAGGUCGUACAUAGGUCCUUUGUGGAGGUCAACGAGGAAGGCACAGAGGCCGCAGCUGCCACUGCUGCCAUCAUGAUGAUGCGAUGUAUAAGAAUCAUCCCCAGGUUCUGUGCUGACCACCCCUUCCUUUUCUUUAUCCAGCACAGCAAGACCAACAGUAUUCUAUUCUGUGGCCGAUUCUUCUCCCCAUAAGGAAAUGGUCGGCACUGUGUGGAGCCCUUCUCCUGUUUCCUAACGACCCCCUUUUCCUCUGACGCUUCACAGUGUGCCUGCAACCCAAAGUGACCUUUGGUGACAAUCU